UAGAUAUUAAGCUCCUCUUAUUGAUGGAGAUCAUUGAUGCAUCAAAAAGUUCAUAUGGAUCUUCCGCUAUAAUGAAAUCUAUGCUGUUGGUUGCUAAUAAGUAAUACGACGCAAAAGAUCGUGAUGUCUGCAAUUUAGCAGGUACAUCCUGAGCCAAUUCUGUACUUUUACAAAUUCAAACAACUUUCACCUCUUCCUCAGCAACGCUACACAAGACACAGACGAUGAAAACCAUUUCCACAGCUGCAAAAUCUCUCUACUAUCAACUAUUUCAUCUCUUUUUUAGUUGUCUCGUUUGCCAUGGGCACACUUGCCAAUAAAUUAUUUUAACCUUUAUAUCUUUGACUUUAAUCAUCAAUAAGCAAAAUUACAAAAAGUUGAUAUUUGGAAAAUAUACAUUAAGAUGAAUCUAGCAAGAUCACACUAUAUUUUUCCUUAAGUACAAAUCACAAAAGAUAGUCAAAGGUACACAAGAGAAUAGUGUCAAAAGUUAAAACGGGUCAUCUGAAAAAACAGAAGAAGUAUGACUCAACUUAAGCAAGUAACAAAAUUUCGUGAAAAAAAAACUCGAAGAAAUCGCAUGAUUCAUUUGAAUUUACGAUCUGUGAAUCAAACUAGAAAAUGUGAAGUCAAUGUGAAAUACAAUAUUUAUCAUUGAGCUCUGUUGUCCCUCUUUCAACAAGAGUUUCUAGACCUCAAAUACCAUUAUUCUCCCAACUACUGAUUCACUCAACCUUUCAGAAAGCAGAAGACAAGAUGUGCCAAGUUUCCCUAUUGAUAGACUUUGUAAUUGCCUGCUUUAACUUUCUUUAGUCUUUUACUACUUCCUCCGUUUCAUUUUACUCGCUACACUUCUCAAUUCAUGGACUCCUAAGCAAUUUUUUGGAGAAGAGAGAGGUAGAGAGUAAAAAGAAAAAGGACCCAUGUGAGAGGAGAGAGAUAGAGAGAGUUUAUUGCCAAAAAAGGAAGUGUAGCAAGUAAUGUGAAACUUCCACAAUAAAAAGUGUAGCGAGUCUUUUGAAACGGAGGAAAUAUUAUUUUUGGUUAAAGCUAGAAUUGUUCAAGUCAAUGCAAAUUCGAAUAAGUGGAUAUGUUAAGAACCUCGCCGCCUAUUUCACUCGUGAAACAACAAUUAGUUAAAGACUUAAAAACUAGUAUGAAAUAGCAAUUUGGACAAAAGUUAGUUGAUACUACCUCCAUCAACAUGAUAAUUAUUUAUGGACUGGAUGACGUUCAACUGUCCAAUUAACAAAGAUGGAAAAUCACUUGUGAGUUGCCAUUUCCUGUAUCGAAACGACAAUCAACUUAAUUAUGCAUAGUUAAUCAAGUCAUUUUCACAAGUUCUUUUUUUAAACUGAUUUUGUUUUGUAGCACAGUUUUAUAUUAUCAGUAGGAAGUUUCCCUGAAAUGAUCUGAAUCUCUGAAUUAAUAAAGCUACUCAACCACAAUAAACUGAACUUCUAUUUAUCGUCCCAAAAUUACUUGAAAAAGACUUUCUUCAAGCUUACAUUCUCCUACACAAUACAAUUCCUUUAAUCUUUAUCUUCCAGGCUUCCUUACCAAGCAUAAUUUCCUUUUGUUAGCCGCACACACAGACAAAAAAAAAAAAAAAAAACUAAAGGAGAGAAAAGAGAAAGAAAAGGAAAGAUCAGUUUGACAUGGCUGAACCUUUAAGCACGGGGAUAGUCCAAGCUGUUGUGCAGAGACCGAUUUCCAAAGCAUAUGAAGAAAUUAUGUCUGCAUUAGUGGACUUCAAGUCCAACAUGGAAUCACUCCAGAAUACAAGGAGCACCCUUGAAGCUGUGCUCUUAGAUGCAGAUUCAGUGGUGGAGCCAAGCCAUGCCCAAAAGGAUGCAAUUGAGAAGCUAAGCUGUCAAGUUGACAGGUUGGUGGACUUAUUGGAUGCAAGAGAAGACAGAGCGAUGCGCAAACAAGUCAUGGGUGGAAGUUGGUUCAUCAAAGAGGCACGCUUGUUCUUUUCGCCUUCCAACCAGCUUGUUGCUCGAUUUAUGGAUGCUCGGAAAGUCAAGGAUAUUAGGAAUAAGUUGGAUUCUUCCUCAAGAGAUCAUGCCCAGUUUGGUAGCAUAAUCAGCAUGCCUUCGGCAAGCCAGCCACAGGCGUGGGGUAUUCAAACAGUUACUUCUCACAUCAUCACUGAUAUGGUCGUUGGGAGAGAAGAAGAUAAGGAAAACGUAAUAAGCAAAAUUAUUCCUGACAAUUAUGUGGCUUCGGAGACCCUCUCUGUUGCCUCCAUCGUUGGAAUUGGCGGAGUGGGGAAAACUACGUUGGCUCGUUAUGUAUAUAAUGAUGAGAGAGUAAAACAUAGUUUUGAUGUUCAAUUCUGGGUUGAUGUUACUCGAGAUUUUGAUGUCAAGGAGGUGCUGGAGAAGAUAGCAAGAUAUGCUAUCAGCGAUCAAGAGCCUCUCAUGAGUGAGAUGAAUCAACCCUAUCAAUACCAUGAUGGCUUCAUUCCAGCAAUCAUUGGGAAAAAAUUUCUACUUGUUCUGGAUAAUAUGUGGGAUCAACAAGGUUUGAGGCUGAAGUGGAUGGAAUUGCAAACACAGCUAGAUCGAUUUGGUGCCUCUGGGAGCAAGGUUCUCAUAACCACACGUAACGCAAAAGUGGCCGGGAUAAUGGACUCCAAGCAUCCUUACAUGCUCAGGGAUUUAACAGAAGGCAACUCUUGGCUUCUCUUUAAACAGGUUGCUUUUACGUGGUGGCAAGAGCCAGGCAUGGAGACCAUCGGGAAAGAGAUUGCAAAAUUGUGUCCGAAUGUACCCCUUGUCAUAAGAAGUGUCGCAGGCCUUUUAGCGGGAAAACGCACAAUUCGAGAAUGGCAGGCCUUUAGAGAUGAUCAGCUUGCAAAUUUUGCUUCUUAUGGGCGUGAUGUUAACGAGACACUGAAGCUCAGUUUUGACCAACUAGAUGCAAGGUCAAAACUAUGUGUUACUUAUUGUUCCUUAUUUCCCAAGGGGUUCUAUUAUGUAAAAGAUACCAUAAUAAAUCUAUGGAUUUCAAUGGGAUAUGUUGAGCCACAAUAUAGAAACCAAAGCUUAGAAGAAGCAGGCGAAGAUAUUCUAACGAACUUGCUAAACUCUGGCUUUCUCCAAAUACAGUUAUCGAAUACAUUGGGCUUCAUACAUGCCGUAGUUAUGCAUGAUGUGAUGCACGAUCUAGUUCUCUCGCUAGCUGGGGUUAAGUAUAAGAUGGCAGAUUCAAGUACAACUUAUUUUGACAAAAAGGUUCAACAUGUCUCUAUUGGUAAGGUGGUGGCAGACUCAUCUUGGGAAGUGCCUUCCUCACUAUUCAAAAUCGAGCGUUUAUACUCAUUCAUUGUGGUCAUGGGUAGAGCUCAUAAGAUUGAGAUAAGGAACCGGUCAGUGUGUGAUGAUCUAUUGGGGAGGUAUCAAUUUUUGAGGGUGUUGAUCUUACGGAGGGUAUUGAUAAAGAAAUGUCCAAGUUCCUUAGGUAAGUUAAUCACCCUACGGUAUCUUAAUCUAUCACGAACUGCUAUAGUGAAACUUCCAGAUUCAGUCAGGGGACUGGUGAACUUACAAUCACUUGACUUGUCUUAUUGUGAGUUCCUUCAAGAAAUUCCCAAAGACAUGAGCAAGUUGGUGAAGCUAAGACACCUUGUGUUAGAAGCAAGUUCUAAAUUGAUUCAUAUGCCUACAGGUUUGGGUAAAUUGACAGAUCUUAGAACAUUAGACACAUUCAUUGUGAGCGAGCGAAGUUCACAGAGUGAAUCCAAGGCUAAUGGUAUAGGUAGAUUAGCAGACCUAAAAGAGCUCAACAAUAUAAAGGGGACGUUAGAAAUCAAGGUGCGCAAAGAGUCAAGGGAUAUAGUGGCAGAAGCUAAGGCAGCAAACUUGAAGAUGAAGGCGAAGCUCACACACUUUUUGAUUGAUUUUGAGUAUAGCUCUAAAGAGGAUGAGAUGGUGCUUGAAGGCCUGCAGCCGCAUGCUAAUCUUAAGGUUCUAAGAGUAGACGGUUAUGGAGGAGAGAGGUUACCACGUUGGAUGAUGGACGACCAACUACAUUGUCGGCUUCCAAAUUUGGUUAGAAUCAGUAUAAGUAAUUGCAAAAGUUGCAGACAUCUUUGCUCCUUGGGAUGGCUCCCUCAUCUACAAGAUAUGUAUCUUGAUGGCAUGGACAAUGUGGAGUACAUAGAGAACAACAGUAGUAGCAGUGGUGCCAAUAACAGUGAGAACAAUGUUGGAGACGAGUUAUUCCCCAACCUCAAAAGACUGAGUAUUCAUGGCAUGCCAAAAUUGAAGGGAUGGAGAAUGUCGUCAUAUGAUAACCAAGAUUUGAAACAGCUCUCCCAGAUUCAAGAUCAGCACCAGCUCGUUCAGUGGAAACCUGCAUGUCCCAAAUUGGAGGAACUGGCAGUGGGCGAUGCAGAAUCAGCAAUCACAAUCGCAAAGAGCCUGUUAACGGGUUGUUUAUCUCUUCAAAAUCUUUCUCUUCACAAAAACUUAACAAUUCUACUUCCUCAGCAACGACAAACACUUGUCCUCUUAAAUAACACCUUUCCAACCCUGCGCAAGUUGCUUCUUAAUGGGAUUGACGAGCUAGAGAUUCUUCCUGUUGAGUUUCAAGAUUACUCUUCCCUCAAAAGCUUAAAUAUACGUUUUUGUAAGCAAUUCCGAGAAAUACCCGAAUGGAUCGACAAACUCAUGUCCCUCGAAAAUAUUGGUGUACGUUGUUGCCCCAAAUUGGAAUCACUGCCGCAUCAGAUAAGCAAUCUUUCAAAACUGCGGACACUGCAGGUUUAUGAAAGCUCUAGCUUACUCGAAGAAAGGUGCCAAAAGCCAAGUGGGGAAUGCUGGCCCUAUAUUCAACAUAUUCCUCAUGUAUACAUAACUACUGCUGUUGGUUGGGAACCAUGUAUGGGUGUUGUGUUCUUAGAUUCUCCUACACAAUACAAUUCCUUUAAUCUUUAUCUUUCAGGCUUCCUUACCAAGCAUAAUUUCCUUUUGUUACCCACCAAAAAAACUAAAAGAGAGGUGAAAGAGAGAAAAAGAAAAGAUCAGUUUGAUAUGGCUGAACUUAUAAGCACGGCGAUAGUCCAAGCUGUUGCGCAGAGACCAUUUUCUGAAGCAUAUGAAGAAAUGAUGUCUUUAUUAGUGGACCUCAAGUCCAACAUGGAAUCACUCCAGAAUACAAGGACCGCCCUUGAAGCUGUGCUCUUAGAUGCAGAUUCAGUGGUGGAGCUAAGCCAUGCCGAAAAGGAUUCAAUUGAGAAGAUAAGACGUCAAGUUGACAGGUUGGUGGACUUAUUGGAUGCAAUAGAAGACAGAGCAAUGCGCAAACAAGUUAUGGGUGGAAGUCGGUUUAUCAAAGAGGCACGCUUGUUCUUUUCGCCUUCCAACCAGCUUGUUGCUCGAUUUAUGGAUGCCCGGAAAGUCAGGGAUAUUAGGAAUAAGUUGGAUUCCAUCUCAAGAGACCAUGCCCAGUUUGGUAGUAUUGUCAGCAUGCCUUCGGCAAGGCAACCACGGGCAUGGGGUGUUCAAACAGUUACUGCUCACAUAAUUACUGAUGUGGUCAUUGGGAGAGAUGAAGAUAAGAAGAACAUAAUAAGCAAAAUUAUUCCUGUCAAUUCUGUGGCUUCGAAGAUGCUCUCUGUUGCCUCCAUUGUUGGAAUUGGAGGACUGGGGAAAACUGCGUUGGCUCGUUAUGUCUAUAAUGAUAAGAGAGUAAAAGAUAGUUUUGAUGUUCAAUUCUGGGUUGAUGUUACUCGAGAUUUUGAUGUCAAGGAGGUGCUGGAGAAGAUAGCAAGAUGUGCUAUCAGCGAUCAAGAGCCUCUCAUGAGUGAGAUGAAUCAACCCUAUCAAUACAAUGAUGGCUUCAUUCCAGCAAUCAUUGGGAAAAAAUUUCUACUUGUUCUGGAUAAUAUGUGGGAUCAACAAGGUUUGCGGCUGAAGUGGAUGGAAUUGCAAACACAGUUAGAUCAAUUUGGUGCCCCUGGAAGUAAAGUUCUCAUAACCACACGCAACGAAAGAGUGGCCGGAAUAAUGGACUCCAAGCAUCCUUACAUGCUCAGGGAUUUAACAGAAGAGAACUCCUGGAUUCUCUUUCAAAAGGUCGCUUUUACGUGUUGGCAAGAGCCAGGCAUGGAGACCAUUGGGAAAGAGAUUUCAAAAAUGUGUCCGAAUGUACCCCUUGUCAUAAGAAGUGUAGCAGGCCUUUUAGCGGGAAAACGUACAAUUCAGGAAUGGCGAGCCUUUAGAGAUGAUCAGCUUGCAAAUUUUGCUUCUUAUGGGCGUGAUGUUGAGCAGUCUUUGAAGCUCAGUUUUGACCAACUAGAUGCAAGGUCAAAACUCUGUGUUAUCUAUUGUUCCUUAUUUCCCAAGGGGUUCUAUUAUGUAAAAGAUACCAUAAUAAAUCUAUGGAUUUCUCUGGGAUAUGUUGAGCCACAAAAUAGUAACCAAAGCUUAGAAGAAGCAGGCGAAGUUAUUGUGGUGAACUUGUUACACUGUGGCUUUUUUCAAAUGCGGGCAUUGAAUUCAUUGGGCUUCCUACAUGACGUAGUUAUGCAAGAUGUGAUGCACGAUCUAGUUCUCUCACUAGCCGGAUUUAAGUAUAAGAUGGCAGAUUCAAACACACAUUAUUUUGACAAAAAGGUGCAACAUAUCUCUAUUGGUAAAGUGGUGGCAGACUCAUCUUGGGAAGUUCCUUCCUCACUAUUCAAAAUCGAGCGUUUGCACUCAUUCAUUGUGGCCAUUAACAGACGUAGUCAAAUCAAGGUAAACAAUUGGGCAGUUUGUGAUGGUUUAUUGGGGAGAGGUCAAUUUUUGAGGGUGUUGAUCUUACGGGGGGUAUUGAUAAAGGAAUUGCCAAGUUCCUUAGGUAAGUUAAUCACCCUACGGCAUCUUGAUCUGUCAGAAACUGCUAUAGUGAAACUUCCUAAUUCAGUCACGCGACUGGUGAACUUACAAUCACUCCACUUGUAUCAUUGUGAGUUCCUUCAAGAAUUACCCCAAGACAUGAGCAAGUUGGUGAAGCUAAGACACCUUCAAUUAAGAAUUAGUUCCAAAUUGACUCAUAUGCCUACGGGUCUGGGUAAGUUGACAGAUCUUAGAACAUUAGACAUGUUCGUCGUGAGUGAGCGAAGUUCACGGAGUGAAUCCAAGGCUAAUUCGGCAGGUGGAUUAGCAGACCUAAAUAAGCUCAACAAUAUAAAGGGACGGUUAGAAAUCAAGAUGCGCAAGGAGUCGAGGGAUAUAGCGGCAGAAGCUAAGGCAGCAAACUUGAAGAUGAAGGCGAAGCUCACACACUUUUCCAUUGAUUUUGACUAUAGCUCUAAAGAGGAUGAGAUGGUGCUAGAAGGCUUGCAGCCUCAUGCUAAUCUUAAGUUUCUAAGAGUAGACGGUUAUGGAGGAGAGAGGUUACCACACUGGAUGAUAGACGAUCAACUAUAUUGUUGGCUUCCAAAUUUGGUUGAGAUCAUAAUAAUCAAUUGUAAAAGUUGCAGGUACCUUUGCUGCUUGGGAUGGCUCCCUCAUCUACGAGAUAUGUAUCUUAAGGGGUUGGACAAUGUGGAGUACAUAGAGAACAAUAGUAGUAGCAACAGUGGUAAUCAUAGUGAGAGCAACAAUGGAGAUGAGUUAUUCCCCAACCUCAAAACAUUGGCUAUUGAAGGCAUGCCAAAAUUGAAGGGAUGGAGAAUGUCGUCGGAUGGUAACCAAGAUUUAAAACAGCUCUCCCAGGUUCAAGAUCAGCAUCAACUCGUUCAGUGGAAGCCUGCAUGUCCCAAAUUGGAGGAACUAGUAGUGGACAAUGCAGAGUUAGCAAUUACAAUCGCAAAGGGCCUGUUAACGGGAUGUUUAUCUCUUCGACAUCUUUCUAUUAGCGAAAACUUAACGAUUCUACUUCCUCAGCAACGACAAACACUUGUCCUCUUGAAUAACACCUUUCCAACCCUUCGCAAGUUGCUUCUUAAUGGGAUUGACGAGCUAGAGAUUCUUCCUGUUGAGUUUCAAGAUUACACUUCCCUCGAAAGCCUACAGAUACGUUUUUGUAAGCAAUUCCGAGAAAUACCAGAUUGGAUCGACAAACUCACCUCUCUUGUAGAUAUUUUUGUAUCUAAUUGCCCCAAAUUGGAAUCACUGCCACAUCAGAUAAGCAAUCUUUCCAAAUUGCGGAGACUGCAAGUUUAUAGAAGCUCUAGCUUACUCGAAGAAAGGUGCCGAAAGCCAAGUGGGGAAUGCUGGCCCUAUAUUCAACACAUUCCUUAUGUAUACAUUUCUACUAAUCCUGAUUUUAUACGGGAAGGAAUGAAGUAUACGAUUAUUGCGCUCAAUGUGCAACGAGACGUGCUCGAAAAGCUCAGCUGUGCACUUGCUGAACUGGAUGAUUUCUUGGAUGAAGAAGCAGCUAGAGCUAAGAAAAAACAAACCAUGAAUGGGAACAAGUUCAUCAAAUCGGUACGCUUGUUCUUUUCUGAAUCAAACCAAUUUUUUACUCCCUUGAAAGAUGCUCAGAAACUCAAGACUAUCAUAGAGAAAUUUGAAUGUAUUGCAAAACAUCAUGCUCAGUUUGGUAGCAUAGUUAGCACUUCGUCUGUAAACCAAACACGGGGUUUAAUGAGCUCUAAAUCGACCUCGUCUCAUGUCAUUAGUGAUGUAGUCAUCGGGAGAGAUGGAGAUAGGGAUAAUAUCAUAAGUAUGCUGUCCGACUCUGUCUCUUGCGAUACCCUCUCUGUUGCCUCAAUUGUUGGGAUUGGAGGAAUGGGGAAAACUACACUUGCUCAGUAUGUUUAUCAUGAUGAAAGGGUGAAAAACUGUUUUGAUGUUCAAUUCUGGGUUUCUACUACUGAAGAUUUUGAUGUUAAGGAAGUGCUGGAGAAGAUACUAGGAGUAGUAACUAGUACAGAUGACAAUCCUCUCAAAGGUGAGAUGGAUCAGCUCUAUGAUCGCUUUCUGAAAGCGAUUAGUGGAAAGAAGUUUUUGCUUGUUCUGGAUGACAUAUGGGAUCAAGAUGGUUUGAGGCUGAAGUGGCUAAAGCUGAGAAGAUUGCUUGAAUUCGGAGCCAGUGGGAGUAGGGUGCUUAUUACCACACGUUUUCAGACAGUUGCUGGUAUUAUGGACUCUGUUGGCCCAUACACACUGGAGGACUUAACAGAACACGACUCUUGGUUUCUCUUUCGAACCAUUGCUUUUACACAAUGGCAAGAGUUGGGUGUGGAGUCGAUUGGGCAGGAGAUCGCAAAGAUGUGUCCGAAUGUGCCUCUUGCUGUACGAAUUAUAGGAGGCGUGCUAUCCAGUAAACAUACAGUUCAGGAAUGGCAGGCUUUCAGAGAUGAUCAGCUUGCAAAUUUCUCCUUAUACGGUCAUGACAUCAUGAAGACACUGAAAUUUAGUUAUGAUCAGCUUGAUGGAAGGCUCAAGCUUUGUGUUGCUUAUUGCUCCUUAUUCCCAAAGCGAUUCCAAUAUGAUAUAGAUGAAAUGAUUCGUCUAUGGAUCUCUUUGGGAUAUGUAGAGCCACAAUAUAGUAACCAAAGUUUAGAGGAAGCGGGGGUGGGUUACAUGCGUGGCUUAGUAAAUUGUGGUUUUUUCACAAUAGCAUAUAUCGAUGAUCAAAAUAGCUGCAGAGGCGGUUUGAAAAUGCAUGACUUGAUGCAUGAUCUCAUCAUGUCGAUUGCUGGGUUUAAGUAUAAGAUAGCAUACUCAAACACAGAUGAUUUUGAUGAAAGAGUUCGUCAUGUGUCUUUUAGUACAAAGUUAGGUACUUCAGAAGGCGUAUCUCAAGAAGUGCCUCUGUCUCUCUUCAAAAUCAAGCGCCUACAGUCGUUGCUUUUGGAAGAAUGUUGGGACAGUAGAUGGACAUUCGAGACUUUGUCAACCAAUGAUAGACUAUUUUUGAGAAUGAGGUGGUUAAGGGUAUUGGAUCUACAUCAACUAGGGAUAAAGAAUGUGCCACCAUCUUUAGGUGAGCUAGUUUGCUUAAGGUAUCUCAAUUUGUCACACAAUCCAAUGACUAAACUCCCGAAAUCAAUCACACAGCUGGUGAAUUUGUUGUCAUUUGAUUUGUCGCGCUGUGACAAACUUCAAGAGUUGCCCAAAGACACGAGUAAGCUCGUAAAACUGAGACAUCUCAGAGUCAAGGGUUGUGAAGUAUUGAGCCAUAUGCCAAAAGGGCUAGGAAACUUAACAGAUCUUCAAACGCUCGACACAUUCAUACUGAGGGAGCAGAAUUCACGAGAUAGAGCAAACCCCACUGCUGUAGGCAGGUUAGCAGAGCUGAACCGCCUUCACAAUCUAACAGGAGCUUUACAUAUUCGUGUGUUUGGGAGAUCAAAAGAUACAGUUCACGGAGACAAGGCAACAAACUUGCAGAAUUUGUAUAAGCUCACAAGCUUGCUAUUAGAAUUCAAUGAUGGCAGCACAAAAGACGACGAGAUCAUGAUAGAAGGUCUCCAACCUAACGCUCAUUUGAGAAGAUUCAAUAUAUAUGGUUAUAGAGGAGAAAGUUUACCAAGUUGGGUUAGGGAUCAACUCCACUUCUGGCUCCCAAAUCUUGUUGAAAUUGCGAUAUCAAACUGUGAAGGAUGUAAAUGUCUUUGUUCCUUUGGGAAGCUUCCUUAUCUUGAACUCCUGAUUCUUGACAAGUUAAUGAAUCUGGAAUACAUAGAGGAAAUCAGUGGAGGAACCAAUGCAAACGACGACAUCAAAGACGAGUUCCAUACUCCCCUAUUUCCAUCACUCCAAAGGCUAGUGCUUAGAGCAAUGCCUAAACUGAAGGGGUGGCACCGAAUUUCGGACUAUGAGAAACAUCCAAGACAAGCUGUCCAGAAUAAUAAUCUCCUUCAACCGAAGCAUGCAUUCCCUAAAAUGAAACAUAUGCGGAUUGACAAAAUAGAUUGGCUAACUUCGAUGAUAAGGGAGUUUAGAGGCAUGUCUUCACUAAGUUAUCCAUAUAUAAUCAUAGAUGAAGAUCUUACAAUUAUACCAUUGGUGCUGAGCAAGAGCUUCCAGGAGAUCAAGAUAAUGUAUUGCAGUAGGGACCUUAACGGAAUCGCGAAUGCUUUGGCAAAGAAGACGGAAGACCUAGAUGGGAUUAACAAUUGCAGAUCCUUUUGGAGUCGUUGCAGCAGUGUCGAAGGAAAAAUGAUCAGAAACCUCCAUGGGAUCGAGGCUAGGUUGGAGUAUUUCUUUGAUGAGAAACAAACAAGAGCCAAGCAAAAGGAAUUAAUGGGCGGGAGUAGGCACUCCAAAGAGCUACGCUUGUUCUUUUCGUCUUCAAAUCAGCUUGUGUCACCCCUUCGCACUGCUGCAAAAAUCAAGGAGAUCAAGGAGGAGUUAGAAAGCAUUGCAAGAGACCACUCAUUGGUUAGUGGCAUUGCCAACAACUAUAGCAUGUCACGUAGGAAGCAAACCGAAGUCCUAGCAGAAACCGGUCCCUUUCUAGCUACUGAUGUGGUGAUCGGAAGAAACGAGGAUAGGGAUAGCAUAAUCACUGAACUCUUUCACUCCACCAAUGAUCAGGAGUCCUUCUCUCCUGUUGCCAUUGUCGGGAUAGGGGGGCAGGGAAAAACUACUCUAGCUCAGUAUGUGUACAAUGAUGAAAGGGUGAAAAGUGGUUUUGAUGUUCAGCUUUGGGUUUUUGCCACACUAGACUUUAGUGUUAGCAAAGUGCUUCAGAAGAUUAUAGCCUCUGCUAACACUGAUGAGAAGACCUUUAAAGGUGAGAUGGUUCAACUCCAACAUCGGAUGGUUCAAGCAAUUGUUGGGAAGAAGUUUCUUUUGGUCAUUGAUAACGUAUGGGAAGGACCAAAUUUAGUAGAGAAUUGGGAGCAAGUGAAAGCAUUGCUUAAAGUUGGGGCUAAGGGGAGCAAGGUUCUCAUUACAACACGUAGUGAGACUGUUGCUAGAAAUAUGGGCACAUUUGACCCCUACAUGCUAUGUGAUUUAGGUAAAGAUGAAUCUUGGCGCCUGUUCAAACAUUUUGCUUUCAAGCAGGGGCAAGAAUCUGGUAUUGAAGCGAUCGGGAAGGAGAUUGCUGAUAUGAUUCCAAGAGUUCCCCUUGUUAUAAAGGUUAUUGGAUGCCACUUAGCAGAUAAAGGCACAAUCCGGGAAUGGGAGGCCUUCAAGAAUGAGUUAGCUUCAAAUUCAUCCUCCCACGUGCGUGAUAAGAUCAUGCAGACACUUAAAAUUAGCUAUGAUCGAUUGGAUAAGAAGCUUAAGCUUUGUGUUGCUUAUUGCUCCUUAUUUCCAAAGGGGACACGGUUUGAUGUGGAUAAAAUGGUCCGUAUUUGGAUUGCUUUGGGAUAUGUUGAGUCAGAGUCAGGAAAACUGGAGGACAUUGGGGAAGAAUAUGUUAACCAACUGGGAAGGUGUGGCUUCUUCCAAGUUGUAUGCAGGAAUAAGUAUGGUCAAUUGAUAUGGUUUUACAUGCAUGACGUCAUGCAUGAUCUACUGCUCUCAAUUGACAAAUCUGUGUACCAGAUGAUUGAUUAUAGAACAAGUAAAAUUGCGGAAGGAGUUAGUCAUGUCUCGUUUUGUAGAGCAAACGACUUAAACUGGGACGUCCCGUCUUCGGUACUCAUUAUCAAGCAACAGCUACAGUCAAUUUUAAUAGUAGAGGCAGAUGACAUCGUAAUGAAGCAAUAUGGAGUGCUUUUUCCUUAUGGAUGGGACAAACUACUAUCAAGAUUUAAAUGUUUGAAGGUACUAGACCUAAGUUACCUAAGAAUUGAAAAGGUACCAAAGUCUCUAACAACACUUGUCCAUUUGAGGUAUCUAGAUUUAUCAGGAAAUCCUAUGCGCAAGCUCCCUGACUCAAUCACACAGUUAGUGAAUUUGCUAUCACUUGACUUGUCUUCGUGUGUAAAUCUACAAGAGUUGCCUAGAGACAUGAGGAAAUUGGUGAAGCUGAGACACCUUCUGUUGUAUAGGUGUCAUAGGUUGAGUUAUAUGCCAAAGGGGUUGGGGAAAUUAAAGGAACUUCAAACACUAGAUUGGUUUGUUGUGGGGGAGGACACAAGUGAAUCAAAGGGUAGUGUUGCUGGCGGGUUGACAGAGUUGAGUGAUCUAAAUAAUCUCAAGGGGGAGUUGACAAUACUUGUGAAUAGGGAGUCCAAGUAUAUAGCAGCGGAAGCAAAAACAGCACACUUGAAGAUGAAAAACCAGCUUACUGAAUUGAUAAUAGACUUUGAGAAAAGUGGAAAAGAGGACUAUAUGGUGCUAGAAGCCCUCCAGCCUCAUGGGGAUAAUCUCAAAUUCUUGUGCAUAGAGAAUUACGGUGGGGAGAAGUUACCUGAUUGGAUUGAUACUCUCAACUCUCUCAAAGCCCUUACUAUAUGGGGUUGUCCCAGAUUGGGAUCAUUGCCGCAUAGUGAAAUGGCUGAAGCCAUAGGAAUUGAGCUUGGUAAACUAGUUGUAGAGAAACUGGGUUUCAAAGCAGGCAAAUUAAUCAUGUCUGCGAAGGACAUAAACUCCCAAAUUGAAAGGCUUCAAGAAACCAAGUCUAUUAUUGAAGCUACACUUCGUGAUGCAGAUCCUUUGGAGUCGUGCAGCAGUGUCGAAGGAAAAAUGAUCAGAAACCUCCAUGGGAUCGAGGCUAGGUUGGAGUAUUUCUUUGAUGAGAAACAAACAAGAGCCAAGCAAAAGGAAUUAAUGGGCGGGAGUAGGCACUCUAAAGAGCUACGCUUGUUCUUUUCGUCUUUGAACCAGCUUGUGUCACCCUUUCGAACUGCUGCAAAAAUCAAGGAGAUCAAGGAGGAGUUAGAAAGCAUUGCAAGAGACCACUCAUUGGUUAGUGGCAUGGCCAGCUAUAGCAUGUCACGUAGGAAGCAAACCAAAGUCCUAGCAGAAACCGGUCCCUUUCUAGAUACUGAUGUGGUGAUCGGGAGAGACGAGGAUAGGGAUAGCAUAAUCACUAAACUCUUUCACUCCGCCAAUGAUCAGGAGUCCUUCUCUCCUGUUGCCAUUGUCGGGAUAGGGGGGCAGGGGAAAACUACUCUAGCUCAGUAUGUGUAUAAUGAUGAAAGGAUGAAAGAUUGGUUUGAUGUUCAGCUUUGGGUUUUUGCCACACUAGACUUUAGUGUUAGCAAAGUGCUGCAGAAGAUUAUAGCCUCUGCUAAUACUAAUGAGAAGACCUUUAAAGGUGAGAUGGUUCAACUCCAACAUCGGAUGGUUAAAGCAAUUGUUGGGAAGAAGUUUCUUUUGGUCAUUGAUAACGUAUGGGAAGGACCAAAUUUAGUAGAGAAUUGGGGACAAGUGAAAGCAUUGCUUAAAGUUGGGGCUAAGGGAAGCAAGGUUCUCAUUACAACACGUAGUGAGACUGUUGCUAGAAAUAUGGGCACAUUUGACCCCUACAUGCUCUGUGAUUUAGGUCAAGAUGAAUCAUGGAACAUGUUCAAACAUUUUGCUUUCAAGCAGGGGCAAGAAUCUGGUAUUGAGGAGAUUGGGGAGGAGAUCGCAAAUAUGAUUCCAAGAGUUCCCCUUGUUAUAAAGGUUAUAGGAUGCCACUUAGCAGAGAAAGGCACAAUCCGGCAAUGGGAGGCCUUCAAGAAUGAGUUAGCUUCAAAUUCAUCCUCCCACGUGCGUGAUAAGAUCAUGCAGACACUUAAAAUUAGCUAUGAUCAAUUGGAUAAGAAGCUUAAGCUUUGUGUUGCUUAUUGCUCCUUAUUUCCGAAAGGGACACACUUUGAUGUGGAUAAAAUGAUCCGUAUUUGGAUCGCUUUGGGAUAUGUUGAGUCAGAGUCAGGAAACCGGGAGGACGUUGGGGAAGAAUAUGUGAACCAAUUGGGAAGGUGUGGUUUCUUCAACAGGGAUAAGUAUGGUGGCUUUAAUUGCUUUUACAUGCAUGACGUCAUGCAUGAUCUUGUCCUCUCCAUUGACAAAUCUUUGUAUCAUAUGAUUGAUCAUGGAACAAGUGAAAUUGCGGAAGGAGUUAGUCAUGUCUCUUUUUGUAGAGAAAAACACAGUCAACACUCAAACAAGGAUGCCCCAUCUUUAGUACUCAAUAUCAAGCAACAGCUACAGUCAAUAUUGAUAGUAAUGCCACCCAAUUAUAGCGAGGUAUAUAGGGAUGUAUGUAGGGUGUUCUUUCCCUUUGGAUGCGACAAACUACUAUCAAGAUUUAAAUGUUUGAAGGUACUGGACUUACACGAAGUGAGUUUAAAGAAGGUACCACACUCUGUAGGAGCACUUGUCCAUUUAAGGUAUCUAGAUUUAUCAGCAAAUCCUAUGCGCAAGCUCCCCAACUCAAUCACACAGUUGGUGAAUUUGCUAUCACUUAACCUGUCUUGUUGUGGAAAUCUACAAGAGUUGCCUAGAGACAUGAGGAAAUUGGUGAAGCUGAGACACCUUCUGUUGUUUGGGUGUGGUAGCUUGAGUCAUAUGCCAAAGGGGUUGGGGAAAUUAAAGGAACUUCGAACACUAGAGUGGUUUGUUGUGGGGGAGGACACAAGUGAAUCAAGUAGAUCAAAGGGUAGUGCUGCUGGCGGGUUGACAGAGCUGAGUGAUCUAAACAAUCUCAAGGGAUUGUUGAGAAUAAUUGUGGAUAGGGAGUCCAAGUAUAUAGCAGCGGAAGCAAAGACAGCACACUUGAAGAUGAAAAACCAGCUUACUGUAUUGAUAAUAGACUUUAAGAAAAGUGGAAAAAAGGACUAUAUGGUGCUAGAAGCCCUCCAGCCUCAUGGGGCUAAUCUCAAAUACUUGGAGAUAAGCAAUUACGGUGGGGAGAAGUUACCUGACUGGAUCUGCACCCUCAACUCCCUUGAAUAUUUGUCAAUUUAUGGGUGCCAACAGCUGGAUAAAUUAUCAGAUUCAAUUGGCAGCCUUACCUCCCUCAAGACCCUUGAAAUAUGCGGUUGUCCCAGAUUGGAAUCGUUGCCGCAUCAAAUAAGCAACCUCUCCCAAUUGGACAAAAUUUACAUAAUCAGAUGUUCAAAAGUGCUUGUCGAAAGGUGCCGGAACCCAACAGGUGAAGAUUGGCCCCAAAUUCAACUAGGGCUGGCAAUCAAGUCGGGUUGGGUCAGUUUCAGGUUGACCUGAUUUGUAUUUCAGGUCACUUACCCCUGACCCAAACCCGACCUGAUUUAUAUUUCAGGUUGAAAAUCUCAACCCAAACCCGACCUUAUAUUUUUCGGGUUGACCCGAAACCAACCCAAAAUGACCUGAAAUAAAAAUCUAAAUAUCCAAUGAUCAAAAAACUGCCAACUUAAUUCAAAAGGUAAUGUACAUGUAACAUGUUUAAGUUUCAACAUUCAAAGCCGGAAAUUUCAGGUUGAAGUGAGUUGGGCUUGGCCUAAUAUUAUAACCUAACCGGCUAAGGGCUAACCUAACACAAUAUAAGUUAUUUUUAAAUCAGGUCAUUUCGGGUUAUUUUCAGGUUGAAAAGGUCAACCUGAACCUAACCCAUUAUAUUUUCAGGUCGGGUUGGGUCGACCCAUUUUCUUUUUCAGGUCGAAAAUCUCAACCCAAACCCGAAAUUUUCAGGUCGGGUUAUCAGGUUGGGUCAGUUUUUGCCAGCCCUAUAUUCAACACAUCAAAGAGCACCAUGUGUACUGCUCGUAAAAGUGAAUGUGAGCCUUCAUAGCUUAAGUUUGGGUUUUGGGCUUCCGUGUAUUGGGCUCUGAGGUUAUUGCCUUACCUCAUUAAAUUCUUUGUCUUUUAUAUUUUCAUUUUUCAGUUUUACCAUCACCUUUCUUCUUAUUUUUUAUUAUAUACUCCCUCCGUCCUCUAUUAGUUUACCCCUUUUGACUUUUGACACUAUUCACAUACAUGACUUUGACUAUCUCUUGUAAUUUGUAUUUAAGGAAAAAUAUAAUCAUGUGAGAUCUUGUUGGAUU